GUUGCUCACUUAUCUAAAGCUCAGACACUAGGCGUAAAAUAAGACGUGAGUCAGUGCUCAGCUAUGGCUAUCGACCUCAAGCUCUUUCUGUGUGUCACGCAGCUCAUGCUGUAUUGUUUGGGUGUCUUUGGAAGGUCCGUACCCAUCUGUGAAGGAGGAAAAGUCUGGAAUGUCCUGCUGCGAGUGUGUGAGUGUCCACAGUGGACGUACUGGUACUACCCCACACACGGAUGUGAGCCGUGCCGUGAGCGGUGUAGGGGGGAAGUAACAUGGUGUGAAGCACAACCUGAAUGUCGAGGAUAUUUGCAGUCUCUGGCAUCAACAGUGAAGCCAGGCUCUACAGAAUCACCAUGGACUGUUCCCCCUGCAUGGCAGAUCAGUGUGCCAGACUUGAAAUCAUUGGAGCUGGCAGUCAUUGUCAUUGGAGCAGUUCUGUUCAUAGCUGUUUUGGUAAUCAUCUACAUUGGGUGGACUGUGCAUAAGCUGAAGAUGCAAAGGCCUAAUAAAGAUCACACAGUUGAGAAGAUGCGGUACGAGCCUGAAGGUGCUCUAACUGAUGAGGACAGAAGAUCCACACGUCUCCAGCCUGAUACACAGGAAUCUGAGGAGCUGCUGUCUCAUGGUGCCCAAUGUGCACAUGAGGGAACAGCUCCAUCUGAUGACACAGUCAGACACAGCCCGGUCAGUGACACAGAGCUGCACAAACCUGCAGUGGCAGAGCAUGGAGAAAUCCUGCAGCAGCACCGAGAUGCUGAGAACAUCAGGCAGUAGUUCCUAGACCUGGAUAGCUAUGUAGGGUUGGUGGCCAGAGUUUCUUUUUUGAUCUGGUGUGUUACGCUGAAAGGUGGUUAUACUGGCUAUACAGAU